AUGGCCUCCCCGCAGGAACUGGUUCCCCAGACAGAAUCCAUCGCUGAGGUCUACGCCACAGACGAUGCCUCUGCCACCACAGUUGCUCCCGAGCAUCAGACACGAUUCAAUGGCUUGGUUUCUCGGUUCAACAAGCUGUACAGCCAUCGUCCAGAUUUCGUAGCUCGCAGCCCCGGCCGUGUCAACAUUAUCGGAGAGCACAUCGAUUACAACCUGUACGACGUCCUACCGACAGCGGUCAGCGUGGAUGUGAUCAUCGCAGUUAAGGUCAUCCCCUCGGCUGGUGGGGACUCGGUCGUCAAAAUCGCGAACGUUGCGGCCGAAAAGUUCCCUUCCCGCGAGUUCACCGUGCCUCGGGAUACCGAUAUCGAGAUCGACCCCAAAAAGCACGAAUGGGUGAACUAUUUCAAGGCCGGGCUGGUGGGCGCGCUCAAGUUCCUGCGCCAGAAGAAUUCGGAUGGCUCUUUCACCCCGGCGAGCAUCGAGGUUCUGGUCGACGGUAAUGUGCCCCCCGGCGGGGGUAUCUCCAGCAGUGCGGCAUUUGUGUGCGCGAGCGCAUUGGCGAUCAUGAAGGCGAACAACCACGACGUCUCGAAGCAGGACCUGCUUGAUCUGGCUGUUGUCUCGGAGAGAGCGGUCGGUGUCUAUUCCGGAGGGAUGGAUCAAGCGGCUUCCAUCUUCUCACGCCGCGGAUAUCUUCUCUACACCCAGUUCUACCCCAACUUCGACGUCCAGCAUGUCCCGAUCCCCCACGCAUCCGAAGAAAUCACCUUCCUCAUGGCCCAGAGCUUCGUCACCUCCAACAAAGCCGAGACAGCGCCCCGGCACUACAACCUGCGCGUCGCAGAGUGUACCCUGGCCGCCGUCGUGCUGGCCGCGCAGCACGGCAUCACCCUGCACAAGGACAACAGCUCGCUCGGCUACAGCCUGCGCAACUUCCACGAGGCGCUGAUGGGCAAGGAAGGCCGCCUCGGCGACCCCCUGGAAUACCAGAUCGACUCUGUCAUCCAGGCCACCAUGGAGCACCUGACCCAGGAGCAGGGCUACACGCGCACCGAGAUCGCCCAGCUGCUCGACCUCACCGUCCCCGAGCUCGAGGACAAGUUCCUGUCCGCGUUCCCCGUCCAGGCCGAGCGCUUCCUGCUCCGCCAGCGCGCCCUGCACUGCUACAAGGAGGCCCGCCGCGUCCUCGACUUCAAGGCCUGCCUCUCCAAGGCGACCACUCUCGACGACCGCCGCAUCCGCUACCUCGGCCAGCUGCUCAAUGAGUCCCAGGAGUCGUGCCGCACCGACUACGACUGCAGUGCGCCCGAGGUCGAUGAGAUCUGUGCCAUUGCGCGCCGCGCGGGAACCUGGGGAAGCCGACUGACCGGGGCGGGAUGGGGUGGGUGUACGGUGCACAUGCUGCCGCAGUCCACGGUCGAGGCGGUUACCAAGGCGCUGAAGGAGGAGUACUACCUGAAGAAGUUCCCCGAUAUCACCGAGGAGAAGCUGGCGCAGGCGAUGGUUAUCAGCAAGCCGUCCAACGGAUCAUUCAUGAUUACGGGGGCUGCUAUUGCGAAUGUCCAACUGUGA